GACUUCACUUUCUCAAGGAUUCUUGCAUAAAUAUGUUCAGUCAGUUGCUAUAAAUGCGGUGUAGCUUUGGAGAUGAAAAGUUUUCAGGAAGCCUGCGCUUGAUGGACUGCUCACCGACCAGCAGUGACAAGAAAACGUUGAAGAGGUGGUUUUUCAUAGACAAAAGAGUUGGGUGAAAAAAAUAAAAAUAAAAUAAAAUUCAGGGGCAUAUCUCUGUUUGACCAAGUUGCUGUUAAUAUCAAACAUUUAGUUUAUACAUUUUGAGUAAUCUGGAUAAAAUGGAGUUGAAGUCAAAUCAUGCUUCUCCUGUUCUCACCGAUCCUUCACCGUUAAACAAGUCGAAACUGGGGAUACAUUCUAGUUUGUUGCCUUACUCCUCGGCAGGACCAUCAUUUUCUGGCAAGUAUGUCACAGUUCCAAGAAAAAAGCCUGGAAAACUUGAUGAUGUUAGGUCCAAUGGGUGGCUCGACGCCAUGAAAUCAUCAUCACCUCCUCGCAAGAAGCUAAUUAAGGAUUUCAAUUCUGAGGUUGCUCCGGAUGAUUCUGAGACUGCUUACCGUUCCUGGAUGCUUAAGUAUCCAUCGGCCCUUGACUAUUUUAAGCAGAUUACAAAUUUUGCAAAGAACAAAAAAAUUGCAAUGUUUUUAGAUUACGAUGGGACUCUUUCGCCAAUAGUCGAUGACCCAGAUCGUGCAAUUAUGUCCGAUGGUAUGCGCUUUGCUGUAAGAAAUAUUGCAAAGUAUUUCCCAACAGCAAUUAUCAGUGGAAGAAGCCGGGAUAAGGUUUAUGAAUUGGUAGGACUAACAGAACUCUUUUAUGCUGGUAGUCACGGGAUGGACAUUAUGGGCCCUGUCAACAACAUUGUGUCUGAUGACCAUCCUAACUGUAUUAAAUCAACUGACCAACUGGGUAAGGAAGUAAAUCUGUUCCAACCAGCUAUAGAAUUUAUACCUAUGAUCAAUGAGGUUUUUAGAACCCUUGUUGAGAACACUAAAAAAAUCCAAGGCGCAAAAGUUGAGAAUCACAAGUUUUGUGCAGCUAUACAUUACCGUAAUGUAGAUGAGAAGAAUUGGCCUACAAUUGCACAAUGUGUCCACGAUAUUCUUAAAGACUAUCCUCGUUUGCGAUUAACUCAUGGGCGGAAGGUUUUAGAGGUGCGUCCUGUGAUUGACUGGAAUAAAGGAAAAGCAGUUGAAUUUCUGCUUGAAUCUCUUGGACUAAGUAAUAGUGAUGAUGUGCUCCCAAUCUAUGUUGGGGAUGACAGGACUGAUGAAGAUGCAUUUAAGGUGUUGAGAGAGAGAAAUCAAGGUUAUGGAAUCCUGGUAUCUUCUGUCCCCAAAGAAAGCAAAGCAUUUUACUCUCUUAGGGACCCUUCAGAGGUCCAGGAAUUUCUGUCAUGUUUGGUGAGAUGGAAGAAGUUGGAUGAAGAUGAUGAGGAGCAGAAGUAAUCUUGACAACUAGUUAUAAUUUUUUUUUUUUUUUAUUUCUUAAUAAUCCAACCACGUUGGAGCGGUUAAUUUAUUGCAAUCUAAGCCAAAGCUCUUUCAAUUAUUUCAUGUUUUUAAUUGAUUAUUGCUGAGUAAUUUUUCCCCUAUUACUAGUAAAGCUUUUUUUUCCCAGCUUUAA